AUGCAUGAUUGGCUUACCAGACUUCCAGUUCAGAACCAUCGAAAUGAGGACGAUUGCUGGAUUGCGAUCCACGGCAAGGUCUACAAUGCAAGCGCCCAUCCGGGUGGAAAGGCCAUCAUUCUUCGACACGCCGGAACUGACGCAACAAAUGCCUUUGAAGAGGUUCACCCAAUCGAGCUUCUUGAUGAAUACCUGACUGCUGAGCAUCUCGUUGGCGAACUGAAUUCCGGAGCGAGAGGCAAGACGAAAAUCGAGCAGACGACUGCCCAGUCGCCGCCCAUGGCAACAAUACUGAGCAUCGACGAGAUGGAGCGUUUGGCCCUCGAGCGCCUGAGUCCCAAGGCCUUGGCAUACUACGCAUCUGGCACAGACGACGAGAUCACAAAGAUCGCCAACGGGACCAUAUUCAAGUCUAUUCUCCUACGGCCGCGAGUCUUCAUUGAUUGUACUAAUUGCUCGUUAUCAACAACUCUAUUGGGCAACCGCGUCGGAAUGCCGAUAUUUGUCAGCCCAGCAGCCAUGGCCAAGUUGGCUCAUACUUCGGGAGAAAUUGGAAUCGCCAAGGCUUGUUCAAAAGUCAACGCCCUCCAGAUUAUCAGCAAGAACGCAUCUAUCUCUGUGGCUGAUAUUGUACAGGCAGGCCCAAAUGCUGUCUUUGGCUGGCAGCUCUAUGUCCUCAAGGAUAUCAAGGCCACUGAGAGGACACUGGCCCAGAUCAGGGCCAUCCCUCAGAUCAAGUUCAUCGUCUUGACUCUAGAUGCUCCCUUUCCAGGGAAACGGGAAGCAGAUGAACGUUACAAGGCCACCGAGCCUCCGCGGGCUUGGGGAACCGAGUCUGCCCUAACCUGGCAUAAGACAUUGGCAUGGCUGGCGACACAGACCGAUCUCCCCAUCGUGCUGAAAGGCAUCCAUACCCAUGAGGAUGCCUUCAUAGCAUCUAAAUUCUCGGCUGUCAAGGGCAUCAUUCUAUCAAACCAUGGUGGCAGGGCUCUCGAUACCGCCAACACUCCUAUCCAAGUUUUGCUCGAAAUCAGAAAGUUUUGCCCUCAGAUUAUGAGUCAAGUGGAGAUCUGGAUUGAUGGUGGCAUCAAGCGAGGCUCGGACGUGGUCAAGGCCCUGGCUCUGGGCGCCAAAGGAGUUGGGCUUGGGCGAGCGGCUCUCUAUGGCUUAGCAGUCGGCGGAGAGGAUGGGGUCUCCAGAUCUCUUCAAAUUCUUGCAGAUGAGACCAUCACCACCAUGAGGUUGCUCGGUGCUUCUUGCGUCAGUGAACUUCGGCCGCAGCAUGUUAACAGUGCUGCACUGAACUCCCAAUUGUACGACGGGCCAGCGGGGCUUGAGGAAGCCGAGUCUGUUCUUAGAUCUAGACUGUAG